UAACCAGCAUCUCAUUUAGAGCUGCUCCUCAUCAAACACAGAGUGUCUUCUUUACCUGUGAGUACGUUAUUUGAGUCAUUUGUGUUUUUGUCAACAUUUCCCAGACUGUUUCACCGUCCAGUGUCUGAGCAGCGACGGCAGAAUGGAUCUGUGCUGGGCCUCCUCAGUGGCUGUCUACAUCCUGUCUGCGCUUCUCGCCUUCACCGUGCUUAUGUUCAUUUUGGUGGGAGCCGCGUGUCACAGAAAAUAUCGUUGUCUGCUCCGCACCAUUCAAGAGCUGCAGCGGAGCCAGCCGGCGUUGCUUCCUGUCCCUCAGUCAGACCCAGCAGUGGAGGCGGAGGUGGAGGAGCUGCCGCCUCACAUUCCCCUGCGGAUCAGCUCAUUCAAGCCUCCGUCCAGGAGGAUGUGGAGGAGCAGAGAGCAGGGUCCUCCUUUGACAAAGUCAAACCUGAACCUGCUGCAGCUGAUCAAAUCGGGGAAGGAAGGCGUCUUCUAUCAGGCCAGAAUGACCAAAGGAACGUGUAAAGGCCACAGCUUGUUCACCUGCAAGAUCAGCAAGCAAGACGUCCGUCCCAAGCACGUGGAUGCCGAGGUUUCCAUCAUGAGGAAGCUGGUUCACCACAAGAGCGUCCUGCAGCUACUGGACUGGAACACGGCUGAGGAGCCCUACAUGCUGUUCAUGGAGUAUGUGAGCUACGGGACCCUGAGGACCUUCCUGCAGGCCAACCGGACCCACCUGAGCGCGGAUCCGGAACUCCAGAGCCUCCUCACCAUCGCCUCGUACCACGUGGCUCUGGCUAUGCAGCAUCUGCGCUCUAAAAUGAUUGUGCACUGUGACCUGGCCCUGAGGAACAUCAUGGUCAGUAAGUUUCCGUGGGAGGUCAAAGUGGCCGAGUUCGGACUGGCUCGAGACCUGUCGUGUAUGACAAUUCGCCACAGCAGUCGCUGGAGAAACCCACGGCGCGUGCCGCUCCGCUGGUACCCCCCAGAGUACUUCAAGAACAACAAUUACGGCUUCAAAGGAGACGUGUGGGCGUUCGGCAUUCUGCUGUGGGAGAUGCACACAUUUGGUACCUUGCCAUAUCCAAACCUGGAGACCUCAGAAGAAGUCGUGUACCACAUCUGCAUCGGCCAUAAAAACACAAACCCCGAAGGCUGCAGACAAGAGAUACUUCAAAUCAUGCAGGACUGUUGGCUGGAGCCGGGCUCGCUGAGGCCUUCAUUCACAGACGUUGUCCUGGUGCUGGAGAACAUCAUGGAAAGUGAUGCAGACUAUGUGGAAGUUGAGGGUCCACAGAACCCGGUGAAGGAUGAGGUCCUGUCUAACAGUGCUAACCAAAGUGUAACACAUGGAGUUGUCCUAGGCUACGGGACAUGAUGCUCCUGGUGCUGCCACUGUUUGAUAACACAAACAUUCAAACGUCUCAGGGAUGUGGAUGAGAACGUAAACAUCCAACUGAAUAGUUGACUCUUCAACAAAUUAUUUAUUUAUUUAUUUUUUGGAUUAUUAAAUAAAAACCAUGCAUGUUUA